AUGAGUAUUACUUUAAAGACUCCAAUCUGGUUUCAAGUCGAAAGCUGUCAUCCAAACAAAGUUACCGAAGCAAUAAAGGCAAAACAGCCAGUUAGCAUAACCUGUGAUGCUACCGCCCUCACUCUCCAUGUGAAGGAAGAGAACGAAUCAAAGUAUACUACAAUUGAUUCAGCUUUCUUUAAGAAGCAAUGCAAUAAAAACUUUGAAAAAUUAAUUCAACGAUUUGGAAUCGAUGAUGAUAAUCCAAUUAAUGUUUUGCUUCCAGACAAGCGAGAAGAUGAAAUGAAAAGUUUGACAGCCGGUGUAGCGGCAAUUAUACUUCAAGAUAAAAUAUGGGUUCGUUUCGGUCAAACUCAACCUGUUUCCUUAUCACGUAAACAUUUGGAAGGAAUCGUAGAUGUGGAUGAUCUAAAAAGCGUGAUCAAAGAGCAUUUGAAAUCUUCUCUUGGUGGUAUAUCUGAAGAGCUUAUCACACUUCAAAAAGGGGAAACGAUCUUAAAAAAUAGUACACCAGUGGCAGAAUUAUAUAACACGGAGGAUGAAGCAUUAGAUAUUAUAGUCAAAGAAAAUGGUAGUCAGAGUUCUUCAGGAAAGACGAAGACAGAAAGUAAGAAGGAUCGUUUAAGUUUUUGGGAAGAAAUCUUUAAAUCAUUAUCACAACAAAGUCAACAUGAAUCAAAUUACAAUGAUAGAAAUUUCGUAAAAGACCUAUUUCCGAAUAAUGAAAUUUCUAUUGUUUGUUGUGUCGAUGAAGCGCAUGAAUUGCUUGAAAAAAUGUCAAAAGAACAAACACAUGACGAGACUUACUUUAUUCAAUGGAGACGACAGAUUCGAGAGAUCAAGUGGCGUGGAUUCUUUAACAUACUGCUCAGCACAAAUGGAAAGAUUGGAAAUUACCUGCCUCCUGUGAUAAAAGAUACUCAAUCCGCUAGAUCAUACAAGUUUUAUCUGUUUCCUGCGUUUUUGGAUGUCCAUACCAUCGAUGUGUUUAUGAAACUUGCGCAACCUGGAAAUGGUUAUGAUCCUGAAAGAAAUUUGUAUCUAGGUAUUCCACUUUGGGGAUCUCUUUAUCAAGCGGGGAUGAACCUUUUCGACAUAUUACAUUUGGCUUCGCAAAAGAUUCAUGUAGACACUUUAAUAGCAUCAUAUAUGGAAACUGCCAUAGGAGUCUCGCAAGAUCGUACAGAUCUCCUUUGUGCGUAUCCGUCUGAUCCUAUUCUUUCAGCUGGGGCGCUAAAAGGAAUUGUAGAUGUUGGUUGCGAAGACUGA